AUGAACAAAAUACGCGAGAUUUGGAAAAGGGCGAAGGAGCGCGAAGUCGGCAAGCAUAUUCUAAUCGAGCUCAUUGAGCGGCGACCACAGUUUAAGGAUUACUUCGGUAUUCACGUUGAUGAGAAAACCGACGACGUUUACGGUUGCCGAGAGUUCAUGCUUCAGGCACAUCGCAUUCAAAACUUCCUCGACACCGCUGUAAGCUCCCUUGGUUAUUACCCAAUCGCCAACAUCCUUCAAAUGGCUUACCGGAUAGGUCAAAUUCAUUUCUACAGAGGUGUGAACUUCGGCGCCGAUAAUUGGUUGACAUUCAAAAAGGUGACCGUCGAAAUCAUAAUCGAUAGAGAGGCAAAUCCCGACUGCGUUGCCGUCAUCGGUUGGGAGAAGUUCAUGGGUUCGGUCAUACGCGAAAUGAAGCGAGGUUUUCUCGACGAGGCGCGACGAAAUUGCAACGACUCACCAUUUCGACGAUCACCAUCAUAUCUUUGA